UACGUUUUUUAAACUUUACUAUCAAAGUUAUUUUUUAAAUAAAAUAACACAUAUUUUUAUUUAGUUUUUAUAAUCUAAAAUGAAAUUUUCGUUAUAAAAAUUUUAGGGGUAUUUUUGUCCCCAUGUAUCAAUAUUGGAGAAUAUUUUUGGCAAAAAAUAUUUGUUAACCCCGGAAUCAAGAAAAUCCUCAAUUUUUCAAAGUUUUCCGAUUCCUGGUUGCAUGCCCGUUUUGCUGACGUGUCGGGCAUGUAUCAUUCACCGAUUACCUAAACCAAAUAAGGUUUUCGUUAAUAAUCUUGAAUGGAUAACCAAGGUUAUCCAGGAUAACUAAGGUCAUCCAGAAUAACCCUCAACCCAACGCACCCUUAAGUUUCCGAGGUGGGCAAAGAUGAGAACAGUUGAAGUAUCUGAACCAAUCGAGGUCGCCGAGAGGAUUCCUAAAGAAGCGAAGAAGAUCCUAUACGAGUUGGCAUCGAAAUGGAGCGAUGUCGCGGAUUCCCGGGCAUUGGAGGUGGUGCAGCUCAAGGGGGCGAUGACGAACGAAGUGUACCAAGUCAACUGGCCAACCAUGUCCAAGGGCGGCGUCUCGAGGAAGGUGCUGGUUCGGAUUUACGGUGAGGGGGUGGACGUCUUCUUCGAUCGUGAGAACGAGAUCAGGACGUUCGAGUGUAUGUCGCGGCAUGGGCAGGGACCGUUGCUCCUCGGGCGUUUUGCAAACGGUCGGGUCGAGGAGUUCAUCAACGCUCGCACUCUUUCUGCUGCUGACCUUCGGGACCCGAAAGUAUCUUCUUUGAUUGCCUCAAAAUUAAAGGAGUUCCAUGAUCUCGACAUGCCUGGUCAAGCAAAAGUUUUCUUAUGGGAAAGGUUAAGAAAUUGGCUUAAAGAAGCUCACAGAUUGUGCUCACCUGAAGAAGUCAAAGAAUUUCAGUUGGAUAAAUUUGCUGACGAGAUAAAAACUUUGGAAGCCAUAUUGUCUGUAGAAGAUCAAAAUAUUGGAUUUUGCCAUAAUGAUCUUCAAUAUGGUAAUAUCAUGAUGGAUGAAGAAUCCAAACAAGUGACAAUUAUUGAUUAUGAGUAUGCAAGUUUUAACCCUGUGGCUUAUGAUCUUGCCAAUCAUUUCUGUGAGAUGGCUGCUGAUUAUCAUACACAAACACCUCACGUUUUGGAUUUCAACAAGUACCCAGAUGUUGAGGAGCAGAAAAGAUUUGUUCAGACUUACCUAACUUCUUCAGGUGAGAAGUUGAUAGAUACAGAAGUGCAGAAAAUGCUGCUGCUUAUUGAGAAAUAUGCUCUCGCCAAUCAUCUUCAUUGGGGCCUCUGGGGGAUCAUAUCAGAACAUGUCAACGAAAUCGACUUCGAGUACAUGGAAUACGCGAGGCAGAGAUUCCAGCGAUACUGGCUGGUGAAGCCUCAACUAUUAGGAUCCAACUGAAUUGUUUGUUAGAGGAACUCCCUAUUCUUCCAUAUUAUUUUAGCAAAGUUAUGUAAUGCAUAUGCCAAAAAAAAAGAAGCCUAACUUCUCUUUGAUUUCAA